AUGUCGACAUUAACAAAUGAUGAACAAUUAGAUUCUGACAAUAAAACACUUGAGACAGCAGUUCGUAAUACAGCAAUUCAAAUGGGUUGUUGGACAGCUACAGAUGAUUAUUUACUUAUUACAAGUAUAUUACAUCUAUGUGAUUUAGAACGUGUUCAUGAACGAGUUAAAUUUUCAAUGCCAUUUACAUUAGAAAAUAUUCGAGAUCGAUGGCAAUGUUUAUUAUAUGAUGCAUCAAUAUCAAAAAUGAUUAUAACAAAAAUACAACAACUUUCAAUGUUACAACUUGAAAAUUUACGAAUACCAUUUAGCGAAGAAGAAGAACGUUUAAUAGCAACGAUACCAUCACAUACAAUUCCAGCGGUACUUGAUAAUGAACUAGAUACAUGUUUAAGUAAAUAUUCGCAACAAUUUUGGUCUAAUCGUACGAUUGAAGAAUUACGUGAAUGUUGGUCUCAAUUACGUCAACAAGGUCGUCUCACUGAUCAAUCAAAUGCAGAUAAUUCUCAAGUCGAACAGACAACUCACAGUUUGAAUGAUCAAAAUGCGACAGCCAACAAAUUGAGUAGUUUAUUGGCACCGUUUGAAUUCGAAUUAUUAUCUCGUAACAAAGAACAAUUUGUAGAUAAAGAUAAACUUCCUCAUGCACUUCUUCAUGUUCAUGAUCGUCUCUAUUGCAUGUAUACUGAUCAAUUAAACUUUGGAACUGAUGUUAAUCCUGAUAUAAAAUUUGAUAUAUCAUUUGAUAAUUCAACAAGCAUUCAUAUUAAAGGAAUGAUAAUUUAUAAAUCAGGAUUAUUCUAUAUUAUAAAUAAUGGUGAUAAUGCAUUUCGUGUAAAUGAUGCAUUACUCAAUCCAAAUGAAGCAAGUCCAUUAGGUACACGAGCAAUUAUUACUAUACUGGAACAUAUGAUGGUCUUUCAAGCAAUUGAAUUAUCUUAA